GUGAGGACCUGUUUCUGCGUCUUCUGCCAACAUGUGGGCGCGAGCUGUGCUGUGCGCGGCCCUGCUGUGCGCGCUCUGCCCGGCGGGGAGGACGGAAGCCGAGAGGGACGAGAGAGACGUCCAAGACUACAGCUACUCCAACUCCAACAGACUGCUCGGCGCUCUGCAUGAAGUGUUGGAGAAACUGCAGACCAAGAGGAUCAAUCCCUGGGAGAAGAAAUACGGUCAAGUGCCGUCUUGUGACCUCGGGGAGCACUGCGCCAUCAGGAAAGGAUCUCGCAUCGGGAAGAUGUGCGACUGCCCCCGAGGAGCUUUCUGCAACUUCUUCCUGCUGAAGUGCUUAUGAGCCAGUCACGCAACACAGCAAGAGUAUAUUUUAACAUGUAUAUUUUCCAUAUAUAAAUAUAUAAAUGAUGUAAAGUAGCCUAGA